GUUUUGGUGGCGAGGCGUUCUUUAUGCUUAUUGUUGCAUUCACCAAGAGCGACUCCACUGCAGUGCUUGCCUUGAUACUUGCUGUGGGUUGUAGCGGUUUCGCGAUCUCAGGUUUCAAUGUGAAUCACUUAGACAUAGCGCCACGAUAUGCGGCAAUUUUGAUGGGCUUCUCAAACGGCAUUGGAACGCUCGCUGGCCUGACCUGUCCAUUCGUAACCGAAAAAUUGAUCGCUCGCGGUCCUCGGGGCUGGGAGAAAGUCUUCCUGCUCGCCAGUCUGAUACAUUUUACCGGUGUAACAUUUUAUGCAAUUCAUGCAUCUGGUGAGCUACAGGACUGGGCAGAACCGAAAGAGGAAGAGCAACCGUGGUCCAGGAACGAUAUAUAUAAGACAGGUCAGUUAUCCCUAACAAUUGUACUCAUUGCAACAGAUACACGAACUAUCUUUUCCAUAUGGCAAGAAAACAGCUCUCCGUCGAGCGAGAGGUCAUUCAACCGGCUAGCGGCGGCUUAUGCUGUUAGCAGGUCACUUCAGUAGUA